UUUCUGCUUCGCACGUCGCACUUCAUCGAUGACCACCACUUCAGUUUGCUAUCGGCGUGUCCCUUUCGAAAACAACUAGCCUCAGAUCUUCCCAACUACCUACCUGAACAAGACGCUGCGGCGUCCGUACGAAGCCGUGAUGCCUUGGUUGUGCACGUUCCUCCUACUCCUGGGAGUUCUGUUUUCCCCUACAACUUGCAGCGCUUCAUUCGUGCUCAGUGAACUGGAAGAAACCCCUCUACUCGAGGACAAUGCCAACGUCAAGCUAUGGGCUCUCCUGGUGGCCGGGUCUAGCGGAUGGGACAACUACCGUCACCAGGCCGAUGUCUGUCACGCGUAUCAGGUCCUCCACAACCACGGGAUCCCGGAUGACCGAAUCGUAGUCAUGAUGUACGACGACAUUGCUUUCAACGAGGAGAACCCAACCCCUGGAGUGGUCAUCAACCACAUAAACGGUUCUAACGUCUACUUGGGAGUCCCCGUCGACUACAGCGGCCAGCAGGUGACCCCGGAGAACUUCCUGAACGUCUUACAGGGCAGGCAGGUCAACGCUGGAAGCGGCAAGGUUAUAGCCAGCGGUCCUAGAGAUCACGUAUUCGUUUUUUUCUCCGACCAUGGAGCCCCCGGUCUCCUGUGCUUUCCGGAAGCGAGCCUGAUGGCAACCCAGCUGAGCGACACCAUCAAGACGAUGGCCGCGGAAAACAGGUUCGGCAAGAUGGUUCUUUAUAUCGAGGCGUGCGAGUCUGGGUCUAUUUUUGAUGGGCUGCUUCCCGACGACAUCAACGUCUACGCAACGACUGCUGCAAACCCGAACGAAUCUUCUUACGCCUGCUAUUAUGACGCCCUCCGGAACACCUAUUUGGGUGACCUUUACAGUGUCAGCUGGAUGGAGGACUCCGACCGCGAAGACCUGCGCAGAGAAACACUUUUACGGCAGUUCCAGAUUGUUAAGGCGGAGACUAAUACCAGUCACGUUAUGGAGUACGGCGACAUGCAAUUGGGACGUAUGAAGCUCAGUGCGUUUCAGGGCAGGAAAGAAACGGCUCCUAUCCUUCUACCCAGGGCCCCACUGGACUUGGUGGACAGCAGGGAUGUCCCCGUGGAAAUAGUACGCAGAACCCUCGAAAAGACGACUGACCGUUUGUUGCGGCUCUUCCUGAAGCACAAGCUAGAUGACAUGAAGCGCAGAAGACUCUUCUUGAGGAACGAAGUUGCAGACAUCGCCCACAUUCUUGCAAACGGUGACGGGGAAAAAGCAGCGCAUUUGUUGAGUUCAAAGUUACCGUUGAAAAACCGAGCCUGCUACGAGAGUGUAGUAAAGUACUUCGACUUCAAAUGUUUCAAGCUCUCUGCUAAUCCUUAUGCCCUUGGUCAUCUGCAUCUGUUCGUGAACUUGUGUGAAGAAAACUAUUACCCUAGGGACAUCCGUGCUGCAAUGGACUUUGCCUGCACCCAUGGAAACGUAGUCGGUAUUGUCUAGGGACUGACCUCAGCGACUGCGGAUGAUCCAAACUGUGUGGUAUAAAUACUUGGAUGGACUCGCAAUAGGUGGCGACCCUCAGAUGAAAACAAAAGCGAAGUCGCGUGAAGCCAUGAACUUGUUGCGUGACUCUACAUUACAGAAACACGUUUUCAAAAUUAUUGUUUUGAGCUCGCAUUUAUCUGGGGUGCAAUUGAAAAAUAGAAUAUGUUUAUAAGUGAUAACAUUACUUUGUAACUUCUGUGAAUUAUCAAGUUAAAAUAUGCAGAGACCAUGUUUUCAAGACAUGCGAUGACUAUAUAUUGCACCUAGUUUCUUUGAUAGAUUUAAUUUCGAUCUUCCUAUUGUGUAUUUUUAUCCUGGUACUUUAGUUUCAACUAUUCGUGUUUUUUUCUUUCUUUUUUUUUUAACCAGGUCACUGUUCUUUAUAUCAGAGGCGUUGACUGUAUACGUAUGAUCGAUAUCCUUUUAAUUGUUCGGUUCUACCUGUUCCAUUGUAUUUAAUUUUGUUUAAGUGUUGCGUUUGUUUAUGUCUAUCUCAGCGUGUGUUAACCAAUAAAUCGGAUUUUUAUUUGCACGUUUUCCAAACAA